UUCUCCAACACCAUCGACCUCGGGGUGCAACUGCUGCAAGUAUGAUUAAGAAAAUGUCCCCAUCUGAGAGUGAGCUCGACAUUCCGGCCAAGAAUUGCCACAGGAUGGUGAUUCUGGGCUCCACUCAAGUUGGGAAGACAGCCAUCAUCUCUCGGUUUCUGAACGAGAAAGUUGACGACCAGUACACACCCACCAUCGAGGACUUUCAUAGGAAACUCUACGGCAUCCGGGGAGACGUUUACCAACUGGACAUUUUGGACACUUCUGGGAAUCAUCCGUUUCCUGCAAUGAGGAGGCUUUCAAUUCUUACUGGUGAUGUGUUCAUCUUGGUAUUCAGCCUGGACAGCAGAGACUCCUUCCAUGAGGUGCAGCGCCUGAAGCACCAGAUUUAUGAGUCCAAGUCCUGCCUGCGAAACAAAACCAAGGAGAACGUGGACGUCCCGCUGGUGAUCUGCGGCAACAAGUGUGACAGAGACUUUAACCGUGAGGUGCAGGACGACGAGAUCGAGCAGCUGGUUGGUGGAGACAAGCACUGCGCUUACUUUGAAAUCUCAGCCAAGAAGAACACCAACGUGGACCAAAUGUUUCAGACUCUCUUUACCAUGGCCAAGCUGCCCACCGAAAUGUGCCCCGGUCGGCACUGCAAGGUCUCCGUGCAGUACUGCGAGGUUCUUCACAGAAAGUUCUUCAAGAGCAAGAAAUGCAAAGACGGGAACGCAUAUGGUAUUGUGGCGCCGUUUGCACGGAGACCCAGCGUGCACAGCGACCUGAUGUACAUCAAGGAGAAGGUUGAAGGAGGCAGCCAGUCCAAAGAGAAAGGCUGCAUCAUAUGCUGACACGAUUCUUUGCCUGCAUGUGUGUCCAUGAUUUUCUGAGACUUUCCAGAGCUGAAGCGGAGCCGUUGGCAUGCACAGCACAAAAGUCCAAAUACUGUACUGCAGCGCCCGAGACGUAUUGUGAUCCAAACUGUGAUGAUAGACGUACAGCUCAUAGGCCUGUCCCUGUGUAGGGAGACAGGAGGUGCUCUUAAGAUGUUGUACAAUCUGCCUCUAUUAGAUUGCCGCGUCUGACACUGCAGAAAAAAAGUUUACAUUUUUAUAUAAUUUUUUUCAAACUUGUUUGACCUUGAAUGUUUGUUGCAUUACGAACAAAUUUGAAUAUCAAUCGUCAUGUGCA